AUUAAGUAGGCCUACAUAAAAAUAACGGCAGCCGGAACCAUUUAACGCAGGCUGUUGUUUUACCCGGUGCGCAUUUUCGCUGACGGAACUGAAUGUGACAGAUUGUAAACAGAAUCGGGAUGUCGGGCUCUGGGGAAGGACGUCCUGGUGCCGUCUUGCAUUUAUCACUCACUGAAUUACCGCCUUACUGACUGCAGUGAUUUAAUUGAGGCACUUGUCUGAAUGAGGCAACACCUGCUCUAGACAGCUCUGAGUUUGCACUCGGGUUCUGCUGACUUCACCUUAACCAGUGGUGAUACUGAUAGCUGGCACAGCGGUCAGUUCUCAUUAGGUGCUUGAUUAACAACGUUGGCUCAUAAAGUGACAGUACUGGAAGGGGUUCAGGCCUUUGUGGACCAUCUGUUUUGCCACACUCCUUUUGGGUUCAGAUAGCAGAUGUUCCGUCUGCGGUGUCUUGAGGCUUCUCGAUCCUGCCCUGUCUACCCUCGCACACGCAAGGAAUCGGUUCAUUUGCCCCACCCCUCCACUUCUGCUUCUGUGACGCCAAAACUGUUGAGGUGAUGGAGGGUCUGGAGGUCGAGGACAUCAGCCCCGCCCUCGAGGCCACUGAGGACUACCUGCACUGCCUCGCUGACAAUCAAGGGGAUGGCCAGGUACGUCCGCCCAAGCUUAAAGAGGCGUCCACCAUGGACAAAUUGAACUCCAGUGGGGUGUGGGGGCUACUGACAGGAAAGCAGUCUGAGAUAUCACCAGGCAAUAUGGCCUGGGCAGAGCAGACGUCCUUCAGUGUGCUGGGCCUACGACAUGGAAAAAGGAACCGGGCACGAUCCACCAAUGAUUUGGCGGCUCAUGCCAAAGAGACAAACUCCACCAGCAAUACAUCCAAUGGCGGCUUCAAACGUGGCCACAACCGCUCCCGUUCAGACGUCAACAACCGCACUUACACCGAUAAUGGCAUGCCAGCCAUUGACAAAAAUACAUUCAAGAACAUGGCACUGAACGACUACAGAGAUGCUCAUAAGGAGAGCAGCCCAAGCCUGGUGAAGCAGGGAACGCUAGAGCAGAGAGAGGGUCCGUGGGGACGGUGGACUGCCUGUCAUGUGGAGCUUACACCCUGUGAGCUGCGUCUCUACAGCCUGGACAGCAGUGGCAACCAGCAGCUGUGUGCCGCCCUCUCGCUGUCCCACUGCCAAGGGGUGAGUGCUCCUCAGCCACAGGAUGGACGUGUGCUGCAGGCCGUCUUCUUUAACAGCACCCGUGUGCAGUUGCGUGCACCAUGCCAGUGGGAGGCACUGGAGUGGCGUAGACUCCUUUGGGAACGCGUCUUGGCCGCCCGUCCAGCCCAUUGCAAAGGGGAGCCAGCUCGUGCCAGCUCCCCUACCCCCCACGAACCCGAUCCAGACGCGGCGACUGUGCCAGCUCCUCGACCGCUGGUACGUCCCACGGCCCUACCACUGUUCACCCAGCACUGUGCCGAUGUUCUUAAGGCUGGCCUUCUGCACCAACUCACUGACCUCAACAACUGGAGGGCCUUCACGUUUGUACUAAGCCGCACCGAGCUGCAAGCCUUCCCGACCGAGGGAAGAGGCCCGGUGUCGGAGCCGGUGCUGCGGUACCGACUGGCUUGCUGUUUGGCUGUGCAGCGGGAUGAUGAAGACGGAGGCACCAGCUCCCGCUUCCAGGCGGUCUUCCCUGAUGAUGUGCUACGCUUGCGGGCAGAGAGUGAGUCCAAAACCCAAGACUGGGUGGAGGCCCUAAGAACAGCAGCGAUGGCUCAGCGGCCACAACUGGAGAAUAAUCAAGUCCCCAGCGGAGUGCUGAUGAGGAGUAAGCCAGCCAGGGAGCGACGGCAGAGGGAAGCCCAGAGAGCUAAACGACAGUCCGUCACCACUAGCUUUCUCAGCAUCCUUACCUGCCUGGCUGUAGAAAAGGGUCUCACUGCUCAGAGCUUCCGAUGUGCAGGAUGUCAGAGGCCAGUGGGUCUGUCACGAGGCAAAGCUAAAGUUUGCUCUUACAGCGGCUGGUACUACUGUCCAAGUUGUCAUCAGGACAACCUCUUCCUCAUACCUGCUCGUCUACUGCACAAUUGGGACACUAAUAAACACAAGGUGUCGAAACAAGCGAAGGAGUUUCUGGAGUUUGUUUAUGAGGAGCCGUUGUUAGACGUCCAGCAGUUGAACCCGUGUCUGUAUGAGCAUUGCGAGGCGUUGGCGGCCGUUCUCAAACUGAGACAGCAGCUCCAGUCUCUCAGGGCCUACCUCUUCAGCUGCCGGGCCACAGUGGCAGAAGACCUCCGCCGCAGGAUCUUUCCAAGAGAAUACCUGUUACAGCACGUGCACCUCUACUCAUUGGCAGACCUGCAGCAGGUCAUAGAUGGAAAGCUUGCUCCAUUCCUCUCCAAGGUGAUCAAGUUUGCCAGCUCUCAUGUCUACAGCUGUAGUCUGUGCCGGGAGAAGGGCUUCAUCUGUGAGCUUUGCCAAAAUGGCCAGGUCAUCUAUCCCUUUCAGGAGAAUUCCACCAGAAGAUGCGAGGGCUGCGGAGCCGUCUUCCACGCAGAGUGCCGGAUGCGAGCCCAGCCGUGCCCGCGAUGCGUACGUAGAGAACUGCACAAGAAGCCGGCGUCAUUCUGGAGGAGGCACGGCCCUCACGACAGCCCUGAUGACGAGGUGCUAGACUGCUUUGAGCUGGACACCUGAGGCGGUUUUUUGAGAGCUCUGCCGAGCACACCGCACUAAUGAAGUCCAAGUGCUGCUGUAUCCAAGAAGGACAAGAUACCGUGGUCCUUCGGUGGAAGUGCUCUGUGAAAACCGAGAAACAGAGGAGUUUUUGUUUUUUUACAUUCUCCCUCACCUGAGAGAGAUGGACACAGAGACAAUAAUUCAGCUCCCGAAGAGCAGAGGCUUCAUAAUGAUACCAAUUUACCCUUCCCUUUCAUCUACCAAAUGACAGCCAGGGCCAACCGACAAAUACAGGCAAAGUACGCUCACACACUUGCACAUAAACACACUCUCACUGACAGAUGUAAAAUAAUGCACUUUUUGGCAGACUCACAAUCCAAGAGCGAUGAUUCAAACCAAUUUCUAGACACAAAAAGAGCUUCUAAUCCAUUAAUGGUUUGGUGAAAAUGAGCGCUGCAAGAUGGCAGUCUGGCCGCUCCAUUCGGUUUCCCUCCACGCUAACCUACGAUGCCGAAGGGAACAUGAAGGCUGAACAUGAAGAUGAACAUCCUUAGAACUAAAACAUCUUUUUUUUCUCCACAUGAUUUCCUUAUUGCAUUUUCACAUUUGCAAUUUGUUCAGUGUUUUGUAUUUAUUUAUUACAGGUUCUUUGCACUUUCAGUCACCGUAUGUUUCCUUACCCGUUUUCAUCUUAAAUCAGCUGAAGUUUAAAAAGUUUGACUCUUUAUCAACACUCAAUGGCAGUGCCUAUAAGCAGCCGAACCACGUUGUUCUUGCUAACCGCCUGGUCUAUGAUUACAAACUACCCUCGGCCACCAAGCCCCAAAAUUACAGUCUAGAGUUCCAGGGCUUUGUUUAGCAUUCAUACAUUUUUUUUUUUUUUUUUUUUUUAACAAGAUACGUAAAGCAACCCGCCGUGGACAAGCUCAUAAUUCAUGUCCAACUGGCCUCUGAUCCACGCUGCCUCUCUGCGCCUAUACUAUGUUUUCUAUCUACUUGAACAUUAGAAUUGGCAAUAAAGUCGCUUGUUUUGCUUUCGCUGCCUUAUUUGACUUCCUGUUCUUCGACCAGACCUGUGCUUAUCUAGUUGGACAAUACGUGAACAAUACAAAAACAAAAUUACCUUUUUUUUCUAGACAACCCCUACUGUAAACGUAGCGAGCUGACUGACAUUUUAGAAUGUUCCCUUGAAUCCUGAAAAUCGCUAUUAUAUCUAAUUUUCCCAUUUUCUUCAGUUUUUUUUCUUCUAUAAGCAUACAGUAGGAGAAAGGAGUCUCUCUACCUGGACACCUCACCAGCAAACAAAGCUUUAGAUAUAAAUCACAUUCAGCUUUACUGAUAUAAACGCAUUGGAACUACCUAGACAUUCAAAAACCGGCUGCAGGUUACUGGUUAUACUGGACAUGAAACGUUCGGACUGAUGUUCGACAUCUGCUAGGAUUUUGUUUAUCACUGGCUGACAGUUGUCAUUAAUUGAACUCUUUGAGAUGGGUCUAUAGGUCAACUUAUAUAUCAUUUGCUACCAUGUUACAUUUUGUUUAUGAUAAAAUGUGUUUAUUUAAGUUUUGAGCUUAUGAGCUUAUGUUUUGCACCAAGAAGUUUACUUCUACAUGAGAUUCAGUCUUAGUUUACGUGCGGUUGAUGCGUGAUAGAAUGAGUAAAGGGAUGGAUGGAUGAUCGUGUUAGAACAUUUGGUUGUAUUUAUUGAAUCUGUGUCUGUUUGCCUGCCUUAAAUUGAAAGCCAAUGCAUCGGUCUGUUGAUGUUCUUCGAUUAGCAAGCUAUAGUCAAUCAAAUAAUAUUUCAGUAUUUAAUCUAAUCAGAAUAUCAGGCUAUAGAAUAUAUCGUAAUAUAAUCACUUAAUCGUUUUGGUAAUUGAAGGCAAAGACCUUUACUUAUCUUACUAAAGAAAAUUCUUCCCAAAAUCUUGAAUUUCACCAUUUUAAGCUUGAACUGAGCUAAAUGCACCAUGUUUUACUUGAUACUGUAAGAUGUAAUGGUGUAUCUGACAUCUGUUCGCUUUGAAAGUUUGAUGUAUUAUGUUACAUUGCAUUAAUCAUACUGUUCUUUAAAAUCAGGGAUUCUUAACACACCGAAUAAUGGGACAAACAAAAAGGGAACUCACUGGAUGUACUUGGUGAAUAUCUUUUGUUCCUUCAGUACACCAAAAUGGUCUUUUAUUUUCAUGUUUGUUGAAGGUGUAAUGGAAGUUUUUUUUUUUUUUUUUUUUUCUGCCGUCGUCUUGUUUUCAGUUGUAUAUUUACAUGUCAGUUUUGUUUCAGAAGUAUUUAUUUUAUUUAUAUACUUCAUUGCAAUUUCUGUAUAAGUUUCCGGAUUUUCCCUGUGCUUUCUUGUAUUGUGUAAACUCUCCAUUACAGACAACCUCUUAUGCAACUACAAAUAUUUGUGUUUCAGUACUGGUGCGGGUUCCUUCCAGUUUUCCUCUUCUUUUCUUUUCUUUUUCUUUUUUUACCACUGUUGCCAAUAAAGAAAAUUACUUAACACA